AUGGCGUACUUACGUAUCUUAACGUUACUAUCACUUACGCUCUUCAAAGGCUGUAAGAGUGGCGAUAUCGAUAAUUUCUUCGAAGUUAUUAAUAAUGACACAGUUAAUUAUAACGCUAAUGGAGCAGAAAUAGCCUGGCAGUCUGCGAUAAAUCCCAACGACCCGACAUUAGUCAAUCGAGCCGCGAAUUACCAAAAGAGUCGCAUCAGUUGGCAGAAUAGAAUGUGCGAUAAGUUGGCAGCACUGUACUUUAGAAAUUUGCUCACGACCACGCAAAAGCGGCAGAGUUACUUAUUGUGUAGAGGGCCCAAAUACACCUAUGAGGAGAUAAGGUAA